GCUGACCUCAAGAAGGACUCCCAAACCACACAGCCCCCCAGCCCGGGAGCUGCGGCCCGGUCCGUGACGUCCACGGCACUGACCCUGCAGGUGCCUGGGAUGACCUGAGCCUUCCAGCCUGGGCAGGGCGGGGGAAACAGAGAGGGCUGAGUGCUGGCCUCAGGCCACUGUGCCCACAAGAGUGCCCAUCCCGUACCGCCGGCCUCCUGCCACCUACAUCUCGGCCCCACCCCACCGAAGACAGCAGUGGGCCCUGAGCCAAUCUCCAACCUGAGCUAGCUGUGAUGUGGUCGCGACUCAAGCUGGCAUCCAGUGCUCUGCACCGUGGCCCACCUGUGUAGCAGCAGAAGGGGUGCAGGGGAGGCACUGAACCCAGCUGCAGCUGAGCGUAGAGGAGAGCACCGUCCCCGUGGUCCUCCUUUGACAACUGGCUGUGUUGUGCCCACCUCUCGCUGCUCAGCAGCACCUGCGCCAGGGCUGGGGGCUCCACAGGGCCAAUGAACCCUGUACGGUUCUCAGGAUAAUGAACCAUGGACGGUUCGCGGGGCUGAUGACCCUGGAAGGCCUCACUUUACAAGGUUGCUGUGAUUGUCUGCUUCUUUAAAAAAAAAAAAAGUUUUCGGCUGUGCCAGUGGCUCACGCCUGUAAUCCCAGCACUUUGGAGGCCGAGGCAGGUGGAUCAUCUGAGGUCAGGAGUUCAAGACCAGCCUGGCCAACAUGGUGAAACCCCAUAUCUACUAAAAAUAUAAAAAUUAGCUGGGCGUGGUGGCACAUGUCUGUAAUCCCAUCUACUCGGGAGGCUGAGGCAGGAGAAUCUCUGGAGCCAAGGCAGAGGUUGCAGUGAACCGAGAUUGUGCCACUGCACUUUAUGAUAAGUGACAGAGGCAGGAAGACUCUGUCUUAAAAAAAAAAAAGCUGCGGGGGAGGCCUGGUGGGGUGGCUCACACCUGUAAUCCCAGCACUUUGGGAGGCCGAGGCAGGUGGAUCAUCUGAGGUCAGGAGUUCAAGACCAGCCUGGGCAACAUGGAGAAACCCCGUCUCUACUAAAAAUACAAAAUUAGCGGGGCAUGGUGGUGCGUGCCUGUAAUCCCAGCUACUUGGGAGGCUGAGGCAGGAGAAUCGCUUGAACCUGGAAGGCAAAGGUUAUAAUGAGCCAAGAUUAUGCCAUUGCUGUCCAACCAGGGAACGAGAGUGAAAUUCUGUCUCAAAAACAAGAAAUUGUAUUUCGAAACAAUUCUGAACUUACAGAAGAGCUGCAAAAUGGCACCCAGACCCCCAUCCGGGAGCUGUCCCUGGAGCCCACGUGGGCAUUGUGUGAGGGUGGCUCCCUCGCCUCCCACAGUCAGGAAGAGCCUCGGUCCUUCUGGGACAUGCAGAGCUCGUGGUUCUGAGAUGACAGGCUGGGGCUGUCCUGCAUGGCGCCCAUGCUCAAUGGGUCCGGGGUGAUGAGCUGUUCCCCUCAGUGUCCCCUCAUGGGACGCAUGAUGGCUGCCAGCCCCGCCGUGGGGCUGCCGGCUUCUUCAGUGCAGUGAUGCGGUUUCCCUGCGGGGAGAAGUGCUGAGGCCGGGAAAUCCUACGGCGCUGGCAUCCAUCUGUGUUUCCUGCCAGAACUGAUGCCUGCUGUCGUGGCUUCUAAGGGGUGGAUUUCCAGUUCCACCAUUCCUCCCUGUUACUUGGCUUUCCACUGUUAGGACAGCGUUCUCUCCUCUGUGUUUGCCUGCCAUGUAGGCUCUGGUUGCUGUGUCCCUGGGGCUGUGAUCCAGCCUGUUGUGAUUUGUCUGCGUGCCCCGGCCGCCCCACAUUUGGCAGUGGCUUCCUUCCACAUCCUGCGUUCAUGUCCCUGUCGCUCUGUGGGCAUUUUCGGGCACAAUGAGAGGCUCAGGUUCCCCUUAAUCUUCCCUGCCCCUGCCUGGACUCAGCCCCUUGACCAGCAGUAGGCAGAGGCAGGAAACAGCUCUGCCUACCUGCCUACCUGCCUGUGUUGAAAACCUCCCGUUCACAUCUAUAAUUCCAAUUGCUACCAAAGCCACAGGUCUGUUCUCACCCACCUUCUCUGAUGGCGAGAACCCUGCCUCCCACCAUCCUCAUUUGAGGCAGGUCGCUGUCCCGUCCCUCCCCACAGCCGGCCCCGGACUCUGGACUCUCCUUGCGCGGCCCCGAGCCCCUGGAACCCACCUGCUGCCCUCCUGCUGUGGGCCUGGCUGCUGCUGGCUGCCCAUGAACUUUGACUCAGCUUCAUCUGGGUCUAAUUUGCAUGCAGUACAAAGCAUCCGGAGCAUUCCCCGCACAGCCUAAGUGGGCAGCUCCACCCCACCAGGCCACCCCUGGUCUGCUCUCCACCUGCGGGGUUAGGUCUUUAGGACUUCGCCAGCGGACACUAGCAGUGAGCUCCCCAGUGCCCGGCUCCCGGGUGUAGCCUGACGCAGGGGCUCAUGGAUGGCCUCAUGUGUCCACAGCUGGGCAUCCUGUGUGCCCCUGCGUGUGUCCCUGUGCGUGUCCACUGCUGGGUGUCCUGCAUGUCCCUGCAUGUGUCCACAGCUGGGUGUCCCACAUGGCCCUGCAUAUGUCCCUGUGUGUGUCCAUGGCUGGGUGUCUCACAUGGCCCUGUGUCUGUCCACAGCUGGGUGUCCUGCUUGGGGAGCUGCCCACUAUUCAUUCACUUCCCUGCUGGGAAUGACUGUGCCAGCCCCCGAGGGUCCCUGGGUUCCAGGCAUGUUCCUGCUGGGUCCCAUUGGAGGUAGCACCCCCUCCCACUCACAGUCAAGGCCUCUGUGGCCAAUGUGGAAACUCCUAUUGUUGUCUCUGGGCCCGGGGUGUAAGGAGCACCAGAUGUCGAGGCACAGUUUCAGCUUCCAGUCAAUAGAAUUGUUUCAUGGUCUCUCUUGAAGGCCUCCUCCCUCUGGAAUGGGGGCUUCCUAAGCAAUAGAGCCCAGUGCAGAGGGCACAGAAACAAAAUAGCCACGGGCAUGCGAGAGGGGCAGCUUGAGGAGCGCAGUCCCUGCUUCCAGGAGUCCUCGGUUGUGGCUCUGGGACAAGUGGCCGGCACGAGGCUGGCCGUUGCUUCGGGACACAAGCUGCGUUCUGGGGACGGCGUCUGAACCUUGCCCAGCUCGUGUCCCUGCUGCCGCACUGUGAGCGUCAUCUGCAGCCGCAGAACAAGCCACCCAGCCCUUAGCCACCUAAGGCAGCGGGCGUGAUGGCCUCGGUUUCUGAGGGUCGGGGUCAGGGUGGCUCACGAGGUGCCAGCCACAUGGGUGCUGCCGAGGGCCCGCUGAGUGAGGGGACCUAUUCCCAUGCUCACUCACUCAGCCGCUGGCUGCAGCUCUGGGUGUGUGUAAUAGGCACCUCCUCAUGGAGCUGCACCCCGAGUGACCGCUAAGUCCCCCAAGCAGCCCCCAUGCAGUCUGAGAGACAGAAAUAGAAGCUGCAUGUCGUCUGGAGGCAACGCUGUCACCACUGCUGUUUCCAGGUGGCCCUGGACCCUGUGGAGGGGCUCCGGUGUGUGUCCAGGCUGGCCCGAGACCCUGUGGAGGGGCUCCGGUGUGUUUCCAGGUGGCCCGAGACCCUGUGGAGGGGCUCCGGUGUGUGUCCAGGCUGGCCCAAAACCCUGUGGAGGGGCUCCGGUGUGUUUCCAGGUGGCCCGAGACCCUGUGGAGGGGCUCCGGUGUGUGUCCAGGCUGGCCCGAGACCCUGUGGAGGGGCUCCGAUGUGUUUCCAGGUGGCCCGAGACCCUGUGGAGGGGCUCCGGUGUGUGUCCAGGCUGGCCCGAGACCCUGUGGAGGGGCUCCGGUGUGUUUCCAGGUGGCCCGAGACCCUGUGGAGGGGCUCCGGUGUGUGUCCAGGCUGGCCCGAGACCCUGUAGAGGGGCUCCGGUGUGUGUCCAGGCUGGCCCGAGACCCUGUGGAGGGGCUCCGGUAUGUGUCCAGGCUGGCCCGAGACCCUGUGGAGGGGCUCCAGUGUGUGUCCAGGCUGGCCCGAGACCCUGUGAGGGGCUCCGGUGUGAACACCUGGGGUCCCUGUUGUUUUCUUGGAGGCUGGAUUCCACACGGCUGUGUCUCACGCAGCACCACCAGGACCAGCUGCUGUGCACGCGAGGAGCUGGAGCACACCUGGGAAGCUGGUGUGGUUUGCCCAUCACGCCUGCAAAACGAUCACCUUGCUGGAAGCUGCAUUGGAUGAAACACAGCGCGUGAGCAGCUCAGAGAGCUGUGUGAGCUCCAAAGCUGCCUGCGUUCCUCCAUCUCUGCAACCAGCCGGUCCCAUCUCUCCAACCUUCAUCACUGCCUUCCCGACUGACCACACUGGCUCUGCUGAUAAAGGGGACUUUAGUGGGGUGCCCAUCUACUUCACUCCGUGGGACCCCAAAAUCAAUUACUACUGCCAAAAACUCCUUCCACCCAUCCACGCUGAGAUACUCUGCCCUGCCGCCCACCCUGGAACCAGCCCAACUCCCUCCCAGGUCCAGCAGCACCCCAGGGCUCCACCUUCCCGGCGCAACUGGGAGCCCCUCAAAGGCAGCAUCCCUGCCCGGGUCCCCCACGCACUUCAGAGCCCACCUCGGUGCUUUCCAAGGGCACAGGACUUUCCUCACUGGAGCCACAAUGAAAAACACGUCGGCCAGGCACGGUGGCUCAAGCCUGUAAUCCCAGCACUUUGGGAGGCCGAGGCGGGUGGAUCACGAGGUCAAGAGAUCGAGACCAUCUUGGUCAACAUGGUGAGACCCCAUCUCUACUAAAAAUACAAAAAAUUAGCUGGGCAUGGUGGCGCGUGCCUGUAAUCCCAGCUACGCAGGAGGCUGAGGCAGAAGAAUUGCCUGAACCCAGGAGGCGGAGGUUGCAGUGAGCUGAGAUCGUGCCAUUGCACUCCAGCCUGGGUCACAAGAGCAAAACUCCUUCUCAAAAAAAAAAAAAAGAAAGAAAAACACGUCUUCUCUAUGUGGUCAAACUCUCAACAGCUGGAUGCAGUGGCUCAGGCCUGUAAUCUUUGGGAGGCCAAGGUGGACAGACUGCUUGAGCCCAGGAGUUUGAGAUUAGCCUGGGAACAUGGUGAAACCCCAUCUCUACAAAAAAUACCAAACUUAGCUGGGCAUGGUGGCGUACACCUACAGUCCCAGCUACUCAAGAGGCCGAGGUGGGAGAUCAGUGAAGCCCAGGACGUUGAGGCUGCAGUGAGCUGAGACUGCGCCACUGCACUCCAGCCUGGGCAACAGAGUGAGACUCCGACUCAGCAACCAACCUUCCAGUAGGUUCUCUCUCCAGACAUUCGGAUUCCUUCUGCAUGAUUUUCUCAGCUUUCUGCAGUUCAGGUGUCUCCUGGGUCCAGGUUUCCUCGACCAGCUAAGCAGAUGACAGGAGCCGCCCAUGGUGGGAACACCAUGUGGCACAUCGAGAUCCAGGAGGGGCGGCUAGAGGCUUUCCGGACAGCCAGCCACGAGGAGGCAGAGGCUGCGGGGCGGCGGCUCCAGGUCCAUGCAGCUGAGCAGCUCUGCAGGGAGCAGGAGGCCCUGGGGAAGGUGGAGCGGAACCAUCUGCUGAGGAUCCGGAAGUCCCUGCACACCCAGAAGGAGCACGGGCUCAGGCACCAGAAGCUGCUGGAGGACGCCCGGAAGAGCCGCAGGGUGGCCGUGCGGUUCCUGAAGGCCUCCCUGGGAAGAAUCCGGGAGCAAGAGAAGAAGGAGGAGCUGGAGUGCCAGGAGCACCUGAGGCAACGCAUGGACGCGGUGGUGGCACUGAAGAGCAGCAUCUCUGCCAGCCGGGACACAUUGCGGAAGUUCCACGCAUGGGGCCGUGCCAAGGCAGAGCUGGCAGAGCAGAGGGCCCAGGCUGAGAAGAAGGCAAUUCUGGCUCAGGGUGGAGAUGCGUUCAGGCACCUUAUCCACCAGUGCCGUCGCCAGGAGUUGGAGGCCCAGAAGCGGGCCUUUGAGGAGGAGCAGAAGCUCAGAAAGCAGAAGAUUGUCAGUCGGAUUCUGAAAGAGAAGGCUGAGGAGGAAAAGAGGAAGAAACGGCGUCCCCCCACCAGUGCCACGUGCCAGCCAACCCUGAGGGACAAGACCUGGAAAUACAUCUCUGACUUUUGUGAGAAGACCACAGUCCCAGCCAACAUGGACACACUGGCCUGGGAGGCGGCUGCAGGCUCCAGGGCCUCCCGGUUGGUGGAAGUCGUCUCCAGCGAGUUCAUGCAGGCGAACCCCGCGGCCGAUGCCGAGGAGGAAACGUUAGCUGAGCCCGAGAUCUCUGGGCUUUGGAACGAAGACCAGAAGCAGUUCCAGGUGCCCAAGGAGCACUUGGACCAAAAGCCUGUGGGGGGGACAAAGAUGGACAAGGACAUUUUGGCACGCACGGUGGCGCAGCUGCGGAGCAGGGUGGUCCAGAAGCAGGUGGUGUUGGGGCGUGAGUUCCAAGGACGCCCCUUCAACAGCAAGCCGGAGCUCCUCCACUUCAAGGACUUUGAUGUUGGCAAAGUGUACAAGAAAAAGAUCACGCUGGUGAACACCACCUACACGAUCAGCUACUGCAAGCUGGUGGGCGUGGAGGAGCAUCUCCAGGACUUCAUCCACGUAGACUUCAACCCCCCUGGUCCCCUGUCAGCCGGAAUGUCCUGCGAAGUGCUUGUCACCUUCAAGCCCAUGAUAAACAAAGACCUAGAAGGAAAUGUCUCAUUUUUGGCUCAGACGGGCGAGUUUUCAGUUCCACUGAAAUGUUCAACAAAGAAGUGUUCGCUGUCCCUGGACAAGGAGCUCAUCGACUUCGGCAGCUACGUGGUGGGAGAGACCACAUCUCGGACCAUCACGCUGACCAACGUUGGGGGCUUAGGCACGAGUUUCAAGAUCCUGCCAGCUUCAGAGCCCUGUGAGAUGGACGACUCCCAGUCCAUCCUGAAAUUAAGUAGCCUCCUGACCUAUGAAGAUAAAAGCGUGUAUGACAAAGCCGCCACCAGCAUCUCUGAGCAGCCGCUGGAGGGCCACGAGUUCUCCCAAGUGGACCUGCAGAGCCGGAGGGGGGCGGAGAAGCUGGACCAGUUGCAGGAGGAGGCAGAGCCCGAAGAACCAGAGAGAUUAACCACGACGAUGCCUCCCAGCGAAGAACAGACGGAGAUCACACUGGGGGAGAUAACACAGGGGGACAUUGGCCCCUUCAGCUCCAUCAGGGUGCCCAUCAUCUUCACCCCAAUGGUCCCAGGAGACAUCCAAGCCAGGUUCAAGGUCACGUUCAAGAACCACCAGUGCCCAACACUGCAUUUUAGGGUCAUGGGCAUGGCCAUCGAUGUGCCAGUCUGGGUGCCAAGGCCCAGCGUGGACCUAAAGAUCUGCAUGUACGACCGGCUCUACCAGGACUCCGUGCUCGUGCACACGCGAUCGAAAGCUGCUCUGCGCCUGAGGUUCGAGGUGUGCAAGGAGCUGAGGGCCCACCUGGAGCUCCUCCCUGAGACGGGCUACAUCCAGGCGCAGUCCUCCUACUCUGUGCAGCUCAAGUUCCUGCCCCGACACUCCCUCCCAGAGGACGCCGGGAAGUAUUUUGACAAGGAAACGCGAGUCCUGGAGGCCCCAAUGACCAUAUGGGUGGCUGACCAGAACAAGCCAGUGGAGUUCACCGUGCACGCCAUCGUCACCACCUCGGACCUGGAGCUCAACCCCGCGGAGGUGGAUUUUGGCUACUGCACCAUCUACGAGGCCAUCAAGACGGAAAUCCACCUCCACAACCACUCACUCCUGCCCCAGGAGUUCGGGUUCGUCAGGCUUCCCAAGUUUGUGGACAUCCAGCCCAAUGAUGGGUUUGGGGCAAUCCUGCCCCUGGAAACGCUGCAGUUCGAUGUGAUCUUCCAGCCCACCAAGGCCAAGGAAUACAGCUUCGAGCUCAUCUGCAAGUCUGAGAUCAACCGGUGCUUUAUGCUGUCUUGCCGGGCUGUUGGCGUCCACCCGCCCCUGGAACUGUCCCACUACCAGAUCAAGUUUGCGGCCACGGCCCUGUAUGACACCUCAGUGGCCAAGCUGUACGUCAUCAACUCCCACCUGAGCAUGAGCUCACUGACCCACUCCAAGCCCCGCAUUGGCUCAGAGGACGCCUCUCCCGUGGGGCCCACGUCUUUCGAGUUCCUGCUGCCCCCAGACUCGCCUAUCACCAUCUCACCCUCGGUGGGGACCGUGUGGCCAGGAAAGAGGUGCCUGGUCCAGGUGGCCUUCCGGCCCGUGCUGCCCGAGAAGCUGAUCCGCCAGGAAGCUCUCCCUCUCCUAAACAAAGAAAUGGAGCCCAAAUUUUUCCGAAAGGACCUGGCUGCCCAGAGGAAGGGCCUGCAGAGACUGUCAUUCUCCCUUCUGCGAGUACAGAAUCCAGACAAGCUGUUCAGAGUCUGUGUCCCCCAUGUCCUGGAGCUGCAGAAGCGGGAGCUAAAGCCCAGUUCCGACGAGUACCAGGCCGCCCAAGCCACCCUGGCCAGAUCGUUCCAGGCGAAGUUUGACACAUUUGUGGUUCCCUGCGUUGUUGCCAGUGGCUACAUCAACAACAGGAAGGGGUCGGAGCCCCUGAGCUUCAGCCCCCACAACACCCUCUACCUGGAGCUGUGGUGCCCAAGCGUGGCGCCAUCUGUCGUGGUGACAUCCCAUAAAGGCAAAACCAUCUUUAACUUUGGCGACGUCGCCGUGGGGCACCGCAGCGUCCAGAAGGUCUCCAUCCAGAACGUCUCUCCUGAGGAUCUGGCUCUGGACUUCUCACUGCUGAACCCCAACGGCCCCUUUGUCCUGCUGAACCCCUCCGGCCGGCUGCGUGCAGGCGAGACCCAGGUCCUGGUGCUGUCCUUCUCUCCCCAUGAGAGCAUCCUGGCUCAAGAAACGCUGGACAUCAUCACCAAGAGAGGCACGCUCACCCUCACCCUCCUGGGCACUGGGGUGGCAUCCAUGGUCACGUGCUCCAUCGAAGGCGACGUCCUCAACAUGGGCUACGUGAUUGCCAGAGAGUCUGUGUCCUCCAGCUUCAAGCUACAGAACAACUCCGUGCUCCCCAUCACCUUCUCCAUGCACCUGGACAGCCUCUCCAGGACCUGGGCCGAGGACCAGCAGCAGCUGCCGCAGUUCCUCAGCUCUUCCUCCCAGAGGAUGGAGGUGGUCGGGACGCAGAACCUCAGUGGCCAGAGCGUGUUCAGUGUGGCCCCAGUCAAGGGCGUCAUGGACCCCGGGAAGACGCAGGACUUCACUGUCACCUUCAGCCCGGACCAUGAGAGCCUCUACUUCUCUGACCGGCUCCAGGUGGUGCUCUUUGAAAAGAAAAUCUCCCACCAGAUCCUGCUGAAGGGUGCUGCCCGUGAGCACAUGAUGUUUGUGGAGGGCGGAGACCCCCUGGACGUGCCUGUGGAGUCUCUGACGGCGAUCCCUGUAUUUCACCCCAAGCACAGAGAGGCCAGCUCCCAGCCAGGCCCUUCCUCUCCAGAAGCCGAGGAGCUGAGGCCCAUCCUGGUGACUCUGGACUACAUGCAGUUUGACACGGACACGCAGGCCCCCCCCGCCACCCGAGAGCUGCAGGUGGGCUGUAUCCGGACCAGCCAGCUGUCUCCGAAGAAGCCUACAGGAGCCCAUGCCCCACAGACUGUGGAGUUCAGCCUGGACAGCACCGCAUCCCUGCAGCACAAGGGCUUCUCCAUUGAGCCUUCCAGGGGCUCCGUGGAGCGUGGCCAGACCAAGACCAUCAGCAUCUCCUGGGUGCCGCCUGCAGACUUUGACGCCGACCACCCACUCAUGGUGUCAGCCCUGCUGCAGCUAAGGGGGGAUGUGAAGGAGACCUACAAGGUCAUCUUUGUAGCCCAGGUGGUGACCUAAGCCUCUGCACGGAGCACUGUCGGGCCCCCCACCCACCCUCAAAGCCCUCCCCAGGCUGAGGGCCAGGCCAUACUACCCUGGAUCCUGGACCUGAACAUCCCCUGCCAGGCACAUUCCCAUGGGCUGCCCUCCACCUGGCGCCGCCAUGGCCUCUUCCUGCUGCCCUGGACCCAGCAAGCCCAGGGACAUCCAAGAGCACCCCCUCCUGAGACCCCCCACUCAGAACCAGCGAUAAGGCCAGGCCAGCCCACAGCCAUUCUAGCCAGAGCCCCUCAGAGCCCCCUGCCCCCAAGGAGAGCCCCCCCACAGCCUGUCAAUAAACUUUCUGUACUCA